UUCAGGUAAUGAAAAUGAGGAUUCUCUUGUCCUUAACACUGCUAGUAUUGAUCGAAAUCUGUAAUGCAUUGCGAUUCAAUGUACCAGCAAACAACAAGAAGUGUCUGAAGGAAGAAAUCCAUAAGAAUAUUGUUGUUACGGGAGAAUACGAGAUCAGCGAAGCUGCCGGAUAUUCAGCAAGUGUUCAUGUGACCGACACUCGAGGGCAUACUCUGUACAAGAGAGAGAAGUUCCAUGAGACCAAGGGCAAAUUCGCUUUUACCACUGACGAGUACGACAUCUUCGAAAUAUGCAUUAGCAAUCACGCACCUGCCGGAACAGGACAAGGCCAAGCUCGUGAGGUUUCGCUGAAGAUGAAGCACGGCAUAGAGGCUAAGAGCUACGACGAUAUAGCGAAGGCUGAGAAGUUGAAACCACUCGAGGUCGAACUCCGACGUCUCGAAGAUCUCUCUGAUCAGAUUGUGAAAGACUUCGCUUUCAUGCGGCAGCGUGAAGAAGAAAUGAGAAACACCAAUGAAUCCACCAAUAGUCGCGUACUCUAUCUUUCUAUCUUCUCGAUGCUUUGUCUGCUAUCCUUGGCUGCUUGGCAGGUCAUGUUCCUCCGCAACUACUUCAAGCAGAAGAAACUCAUCGACUAAGAUUUCGAGGCACCAUAUAGUCUUAAAAACGAUGAAUGUAGAUGUUUAUCUGGGUUACUGCCUUGCUUGUCUCAGAAUUGUCAAUCUUUACUGUAGAAAGCGGAGCUGUCUGUGUCUCAUUGAGAUAUAGUUUAUUCGUUGGCCACACGGACUGAACAUCACUGCGGAGCACGCGCCGUGAGGU